ACGUCAAUCUCGGCGAAACCACCUCGCCUCCACACCAUUGUCGCCCCAUUGAUCUUGCACGGCGGCCAAUUGUGCGCAGACUGACGCUUCCCAUUCCCCCCCGGCCACCACCCGCGCCUCAAAGCUCGGUACCUGUCUUCCUUCCCGCUUCGAGGACCCGCCGGAUCCACCAAACCCUUCGCAUGCUCCAUCCCCCCCUCAUCACUACUCGACCACACUUCACCUCUCCUCUCCACCGACCCGUUUCUCUUCGACGCGACCCGCCCGACCCAUUGGUCGCUUUCCCCUCCCACUCCGCUUCUCCAUCCCUCCCUAUCAUGGACAAUCGUACAAAUCCAUCUGUAGCUCCUCCCCAGCAGCAAGACCCCCAGGCUGGGGCCCGUUCAAGAACCGGUUCCAAAACCCCUCCGCAGAACCACCAGACCGCUCAAUACCAGACUCAGUCCCACGUCCAGAAUCCUUCCAUAUACCCCUCGCCCCAUUACAAUGGUACCCAUCAGUAUACCAACGCGUCACAACCGUUCCAUGGCAUCUCCGGGUAUGGAACAGGUCAACAUCAGCAGCAGCAGCAACAACAACAACAACAGCAUGGCAACGCGCUGCCUGAGAGGCUACCCCCGUUGACGGACAAUUUCCCACCAUUCCCCGCAAACAACAGCAUCAAUUGUAAUCUCCAGGCCCUGCCUCUUCACGCCUCCUCGUCCUCUACGCCAGCAAACCACCCAGCCAUAGCCCCUGUGCCAACUCGACCGCAUUUUUCAAUGUACACGACUGCGAGUUACCCACCUCCCAUGACGACCACGGCUCAGGCGAAUGGGCAGUAUACGAACUCCGCCUCUUAUAUCAUGGGCUCCCGCCCUCUACACUCCAAUCCCGUGUACGCGGCAGCACCUUUCACCACGUUACCUGACCAGGAGCCCGUUCAUGUUGUGGGACAGCAGGGCCGCCGGGGCGUGCUUCCUACCAUGAAUGGCCGUCCCCAACCGACCCCAAGGGCACCCAUCAACGUCACCAAGAACGCCGAGGGGAAGUAUGAUUGCCCGCAUUGUACAAAGUCGUACCAACACCUCAAGCAUCUGAAGAGGCACACGUUGCGCCACACUGGCGAGCGGCCAUAUUCAUGUGCUCUAUGUUUGGACACCUUCUCGCGUAGUGAUAUACUCAAACGCCACUUCAACAAGUGCUCCGUACGACGAGGUAAUCCAGACAACGUCACCCACUUGCAAUAUGCACAGGCUCAUCUGCGCAAACCCCAACGGCCUACCAACGGCGCCGGGAACCCGUACAUGGCGACGGCAACUACGUCUGGGCCCUUCACCGACGCGCAAUAUAUGACAACCGUGGGCCACAUGGCUCCCUUGACCCAUGACGGGAACAACUUUGCCGACUCCACUGACGGCACCAUGACUGCCCCCCAAUCAUUAUCGGCAAGGAGCUCGCGCUCCAACAGCCUAUUCCAGCCUGGCCCUGGCGCUAAAGACAACAGGAGGUCCUUCCCUGGCUUCCCCCUCACUAACGGCAGCGGUGUCCGGCCUGGAGUAGCUCUGGGAAAUCACCCCCUUUCUAACGACGUGAGUCCGUUUGCGACGCCAGGCAAUGCGGCUUCGGGCGGAGGUACGUUUGGAUACGAUUCCGCCAGCAUAAAUCAACCAGAUUUGAGCCAGUCCGCCGUUCCCCCGGCCUCAGAGUCCCUUCCCGCCUUUUCCCGUGUCGACGCUGGCCCCACGUUCGCCGACCGGGUCAACCAGUGGCCAUUCGGAGCGGAUCAUCAGAGCAACGGAUCGAAUCACCAAAGCGCCAUCCGCCAGACCAACGGUGCCCAGCAAGCCAAUGGACUGCGGACGAAUGAGUUCGACCUUUCCCGCAAUAUGCAGAAUGGGCUGGCCAACGGCGUCACCGCCGCAGCUGGCUCCGUUGCCACCAUGGACGGGGUUUCUGCUGUGAUCUAGAUUCACCCUGAAUGGGCAUGGUAUUUCCGACAACCGGUUCAAAUGGGUUC